AUGACUUCGACAAGGCUUCAGUUACAAAAUCAAGCGUAUAGAUCUAAUGAAACCUUCAAAGAGUAUGCUCAGUGUUGGCAUGAAAUGGCGUCUAGGGUCCGACCAACACUAUCCGAUAAUGAACUGGUGGAUAUCUUCAUGGGUACGCUCCAAGGGUUGUAUUAUGAGAAGAUGAUUGGGAGUUCGUCUACAAACUUUGCUGAUAUGGUAACUAUUGGUGAACGAGUAGAGAAUGGGCUGAAAUCAGGGAAAAUCACAGAUACAACCGCUCCGCAGACAAUGAACAAGAGAUCGCAUGGGGGCUUCACAAAGAAUAAAGAGGGGGAAGCAAAUGUUGUGAUGGCAGGUGGCCAUCCCCAAUAUCAGUUUCCAAUGACCCCUAUGUUGUAUUAUACGUAUCUGUAUGUCGCUGUAACUCAGUAUCAACAACCGAUAUGUCAGUAUCAACCGCAGAAAGAAUUGGUGCCUUAUCUGAUCCAUGUGGGGGAUAUCAUACUAAAAGAAAUACCUGCGGCCACUCCUCCAUUUCACCCUAAGCAUGAUCCUAAUGCUUCAUGCACUUAUCACGUCGGAUUCAUAGGGCAUUCUACAGAAGAUUGUUGGGCACUCAAGUACAAAAUCCAAGAUUUGAUUAGUCAAGAUAUCCUGACCUUCUCUGAAGAAAAAUCUAAUGUGAAAACGAAUCCUUUGUCGAAUCACGGUGGUGCAGCAGUCAACACUGUAGUCGAGGAGGAAACUACCGAAUCCACACUAAGGGCCGAAGAGGUGAAGACUCCGAUGUCACUUGUGUUACAUAGACUUUAUCAGUUUGGGUUUCUAUCAGGUAUACAUUAUGAUUGUGCAGUGUGCAAGUAUAAUCCAGACAAUUGCGACAAGCUGAGAGGUUGUGUACAAGAACUGAUGGAUCAGGGUUUGACACAGUUCUCCAGAUCCAAGGCAGUAGAAGAAGUGGCAGUAAUUGAACCGAUAACCAUUGUGUACAGAAAGAAGAAGGUUGAAGCUCUUCCCAAGAGGAUUCAGCCAAUUCAUUUUCGGGUUCCUAGUCUGUUUCCGUAUCAGAACACCAAGGCAGUGCCUUGGAAUUAUGAGACAACAACGUAUUUGGGAGGAAAAGAAAUUCGUAUUCCUGACACUGAAAUCGUCAACAUCGCUGGAGCGGGAGGCAUGACUCGCAGUGGCCGUGUAUUCGCUCCAAAAUACACUCCUAGGGUGUCUCCAGCACCCACAGUUAUUCCGCCUAAGGAGAAGGUCAUUCCUAUUCUGGCUCCGUAG